GAAUUCCUUCCACCUUCUUUCUCUGUUCCUCGGGGAAGCCGACAGGCACCGUUACUCAAACCCUUGCCACACCCGGCGGAGUUACGAAUCCCCGACGGAGGAAAAGCUCACCUAUUCUACCGCGUUCGCUUGACUCCGGCCUCCGGGGUGUUGGCGUUACCGGUAGCUCUUGGUGUGGUUUUCCCAAGGGGAGAAGGAAGGGAAGGGAAGGGAGAUGGUUAUAUUGAAUAGAUCUCCUGCUCUGGUGGGCAGGGUGUUUAGAUGCUCUACACCAUUGAUUUCACCUUUGCGUUGCUUUCCUAAUACUCUUGUGUUACGGUUUGCCACUACUAGAUCUUUUGAGCCGAUUGAGAAAUCUGCUUGUGCGUUUGCUCACCCCCUGAUAGCAAACACCGAUGCAAGCUAAUGAUUUGUUGCAGAUCAAAAGUUCUCCAAUAGAGUGAAGGAAGCGACAUCCAUACCCCCCGUCAUCUGGUUACUCUCAGGCGUUACUAUAACCAUCCUCACAACCUACAGCUACAUAAUGGCGGCGCAGGGAUAUAUCGCCCUCACAGAUGAGGAGACCCUCCACGCAUACACACCUACGGACCCCCAAGAGAUAGUGGCAAACAACUACAUUUCCAGCCACCCACUCGUCACCUCCUUAAGAUCGAACCCCGCCUUCAGCGAAGCUCGACCGACGUUGAAGAUUUCGGAUAAAUACAAACACCUCUCCUUCACCGCAGGCACUCUCGCAGGCCCGGGGAAGAUCGUAGUCCCACCACUCACAUUCGUAGAAGAUGGCGGAAAGAGCAUAGUGCAGGUGUUCUACCUGGGUGAACAACUAUGUGGACACCCAGGGUACAUUCACGGAGGUAUGCUCGCAACGAUACUAGACGAAGGGCUCGCGAGGUGCUGCUUCGCAGCUCUGCCAAACAAGAUCGCGAUGACCGCCAGCUUGACAGUGAAUUAUCGCAAACCGAGCCCCGCGGGGAGUUAUGUGGUCCUGAAGGCAAAGACCGUGAAAGUUGAGGGGAGGAAGGCGUGGGUAGAGGGUAAGAUUGAGACGCUCGUCGGGGAGGGCGAGGAAUCGAGUGUGCUUGUAGAAGCUAGCGCACUCAUGAUUGAGCCGAGACAGGCGGCGGUGAGCUCCCCGUUACCUUGACCCAACUCCUAGCUAUCAUACGAUAUAUAACACACUCGGAUGAGCUGUUCAACUGACGUAUACCAUCCACGCGCAGAUACUCAAGAAAAUUGUCCCGGACAGAUUAGAAGGAGUCAAGGCCUGAGCCUCGCACAGAGAGCGAGCGGGCGGACAAGUGAGCGAUAGAAGUGGGAGAAGUUGUGAUACCACCCUGUACAUAUGAUACACACUACACACAGACAGACCGUAACACACCAUAAUAGAUGCUGUCGCGACAGCAUUGCAUCAGAGAUCGAGAUGUCCAUGAAUGGGCGAAAGAUUGCCGAUAUCAUACCCCUCAUCCCCACAACGCACGGAUAGCAGAAACGUUUAUCACGGUGGCUAUGCUAUGUGCACGAAAUCGCGGCCCAGGAUGUUUGGCAUUGCAAGCGCAAUCCCUACCCUGCAUGGAGGCGCACAUGGGUGAUAUCAUAUUUCAAAUAUUCUGAAUAUGCUGCUACAAAGCUACAGCAGUCGUGCUUG